AUGCUCAAAUCUCUGGAGAUCAAAGGAUGCUUAAAGUUGAAGACCCUUGACCUUGGGGGAACUCCAAAUCUCGAGAGUUUACACAUCGAAGAAUGUUCCAGUUUGGUAAAACUUCUUGCUCCCAUUGGAGGUCUAAAAAAGCUCACCAACUUAAAAGCAAAAGGUUUUUUGAGGUUUACAAAUUUAUAUAUUGAGGAAAGUUAUGGAUCAUUACCUAGCUUAGAUCUGCAUGGAAAGUUGAUAGAUACAUGCCCAUUGCACCCCGAUGAUAAUUUCCCCAAGUUUCAGUUUGAUUGUACAUAUCGGGAAGAUCUACCCUCAUUGAUUGGAAAUGUUGAGAAGCUUAUUUCAGUAGGUUCCUCUUGUGCUUGCACAGACCUUGUGAGUUUUUUCGGAAGCAAUUGCGGUUUACAGCAUUUAGGAUACCUGACACUCCAGGGCGAUAUUCCAGAGGCGCCCAAAGACCUUGGCAGCUUACAAUGUCUAGAGCGGUUCACUUUCAGGUCUACAAGUAUUAAACAUCUUCCUGAUAGCAUUUUAUUCUUGAAACAUCUGAAAUCUCUCCUACUUUUAGACUGUGAGCUUCUUGAGAAGUUACCGGAGGAUCUUGGUCGAUUAGAAUGUCUAGAGAGGCUAAUACUAAAACGGUGUCUAGUUUUACGAGAUAUUCCGAACAGCAUAUGUAGGUUGAAAAGUCUAAAGUAUCUCAGUCUCGAAGACUCUAUUAGAGUUGAGAAAUUGCCAGAGGAACUUGGACGUUUAGAAUGUUUAGAAGAGUUGGAUAUACAAGGUACAAGCAUAAAAAAUCUUCCCCCAAGCAUUUCAUUGUUAGGAGGUCUGAAAAUUGUUCGAUCAGAAGAAGGAACAACAAGAACUACAACUACGGGAGGCUGCUGUAUGGUACUGUACCGUAUUUUCUCUUCUUGGCACGAAUGGAUCUUACUGCACUGCAACAAUAACAGAAUGUAGAGAUGAAGAGGGGGAUGAAAAUGAGGUGUUUUCUUAUUCUUAACAUGAAUCAAGUGGGGAUAUCAAUCUGUUGCAUGACUAUUUCUUUAAACAUGCUUCAUUUUGUUUGUUCAGGGUAUUGUCAUCUUUAUGAAGCUAUCAUUCAAGAAUGGACUCAGCAAGUGCAGGAUAUGUUAAUAUGAA